CAGCUUCUACAGUAAGGGCUGGACACUCGCGCGCCGCUACACUGCACGAACACACCUAAGCGUAAACAAUGGCGGCCUCAGUGCGAGAAUUUUACGAGGGAAAGUCCAUCCUGAUCACUGGAGCUACUGGCUUUCUGGGAAAGGCGCUCGUGGAGAAGUAUCUGCGGGCAUGUCCCGGCAUCAAGGCGAUCUACCUGCUUAUGAGACCCAAGCGGGGAGUCUCCAGCGCCGACAGACUGAAGGAUCUCUGUAACAAUGUGAUAUUUGAUUUAAUAAAAGAAAAGAAUCCGGAUGCCCUGAAGAAAUUAAGAGUCAUAAACGGUGACAUCCUGGAUGAGGACCUGGGCUUGUCCAACGAUGACCAUCAGGAGCUGAUAAGACACUGCAACAUCGUCGUCCACAGCGCUGCUUGUGUCAGGUUUGAUCAGAAACUGAAAGAUGCAGUGCACAUGAACACGUCUGGUACUCAUCGCCUGCUGAAGCUGGCGGAGUGUAUGACCAACUUAGAGGCGUUCGUGCACCUUUCGACCGCGUACUGCCGGUACAAGCUGGACGUGAUGGAGGAGCGGCUGUACCCGCCGGCGCACAAGCCGCGACACAUCAUGGACCUCGUCGACUGGAUGGACGAUAAAACCCUCGAAUAUGUCGAGCCCAAGAUAAUAGAGUCGGAGCCGAACACUUACUCGUACACGAAGGCCAUCACGGAGGACCUGGUGGCCGAGUUCGGCUCCAAGUUCCCGCUCGCCAUCGGCAGACCUUCUAUUGUGACUUCAGCCUGGAAGGAGCCAUUCCCGGGCUGGGUUGACAACAUCAACGGACCAACCGGUCUUAUUGUUGGCAGUGGAAAAGGUGUGAUCCGCACGAUGCACUGCGAGCCGUCGUACAACGCCGACGCGCUGCCCGUCGACGUCAUCGUCAACGGCUGCAUCCUCAUCGCCUAUGUCACAGCUAUUGACAAGCCGAAGGAAGCGCGAAUAUUCAACAUGACGCUUUCGGGAGUUCACAAAAUGACGUGGAAGGAAAUCAUUGAUAUUGGCGAGAAGUGGGUGAACACGUACCCGUUCACGAUCGCGCUGUGGUACCCGGGCGGGUCCAUCAAGUCGUACUGGCUGACGCACCAGAUCAUGCUGGUCCUCACCCACAUCGUCCCCGCGUACAUUGUAGACUUCCUGCUCUUCUUGUUCCGACAGAAGACUUUUCUAGUGAAAGCCCAGAAGCGAAUCAGCCACGGUCUCCACGUGCUCCAGUACUACACGAUCAAGGAGUGGCACUUCGAGAACUCCAACUUCCUGGGGCUCCAGAAGAGAGUGAGCCAGGAGGAGAACGAGAUCUUCUUCACGGACGUGAGCAAGAUCAACACGAACCUGUACCUCAGGGACUACGUGAUAGGGACGCGGCAGUACGUGCUGAAGGAGGACCCGGCGAACCUGCCGAGAGCGAGGCGGAUACACAGGAUACGUUACAUCGUGGACUUGGUGGCGAAGACGCUGUUCUACGGCCUGCUUCUCUGGUUCCUGUACUCCAACAUCGGUACCAUCGUCAGCCCCAUCACACAGGCGGACACGGCGCUGCGCAGUUAUCUCAACUUCUAAUCACUACUGAUAAUAAAAGAUGAUUUCCAUGAAGGUAGCUAGGCUAUGCUAGGAUGGCGUUUUGGGUGAUUGUCACCAGGGCCCGAAUUAAGGUGCCGGUUGGCAGCGGACGACAUGAAGCCACCGCAGACGACGUGUUGUCGCGACAGUACUGGUUUCUAUGUUUUUCUAUGACAAGUGUCACUAGCUUCGUGUCGCUAGCUGCCCAGGGUAUUUCAUAGAAAUACAUAGAAAACGGUACCUAGUGUCGCGACGACACGUCGUGCGGCGGUUGCUUCAUGUCGUCCGCUGCCAACCGACACCUAGCUAUUUAGUCGCUCCGGGCAAAGAUAAUUUAGCCGCCCUUUUUGAGGGUAAGGAGGGGGGGAACAUUUUAGUGAUAUAGAAAUUUAUAAAGUAUUAAUUUCUAUAUCACCUGAAGUAGGCUGGAAUGUAAAAUUCUCAAACUUAAGUGGUAGACCAUGGUUAGGUUGGAAGAUACGAUUAAGUCAAUUGUGCCGCCCCCCAUUUUUGCCGCUCUGGGCAAAUGCCCGGCUUGCCUCCCCCCUUAGAUCGAACCCUGAUUAUUACUUAGCAAGUUCUUUAUUAACAAACGACGCCAUUGCAGAUGUGGAUAUUUUAAUUAGUAUACUGUGUAAAAUAUAACACGUUAGAAAUAUAACUUGGAUAUCUGAA